AAGCAGACGUCGAGAGCUUUAACAUGCCGUUGACGUACUUUUCCGCGCGAACAUAUCGAUCAGCAUCGACGACGACGGCUUUGAAGGUUGUCGCUACUUUUCUCUUCGUCGGCAGUCUGCAAUAAAUGCAUCGUAUGUCGGCCUGGAUAGUCGCCCGCGGCUGCUGCGAACGCUGACGCGCUGCGACGACCCGAGAGAGCGAGCGCGCCAACAUGGAAGAGAACGGCAGAGGCGAGAGCUUGUGCAAGGUCUGCGGCGACAAAGCCUCCGGCAAGCACUACGGCGUGGCCAGCUGCGACGGCUGCCGCGGCUUUUUCAAACGGUCCAUCCGGAGGUACGCCAGGAACCUGGACUACGUUUGCAAGGAGAGCGGCCAGUGCGUGGUGGACGUGUCGAGGCGGAAUCAGUGCCAAGCCUGCCGGUUCACCAAGUGCUUGCAAAUGAACAUGAAGAGAGAAGCGGUGCAGCACGAGCGCGCGCCGCGCAGCAGCGGCAGCUCCAUGGCGGCGAUGGCGGUGGCCGCGAGGAAGCCGCCCGCGGCCGCGGGCCUCUACCCCCACGGCCCGCACGGCCCGCACGGCCCGCACGGCCCGCACGGCCCGCACGGCCAGCACGGCCACGUCUACCACGCCAGAGCGGCCGGGGCGGCCGGGGCGGCCGGCGCCGCUGCGCCCUACCACCCGCUGCUCUACCCGGCCUUCUUCUCCUUCAAGCCCGUCGUGCCGGCCUUCCCCGCCGCCAGCCACGACUGCACGGGCGACCUGCUGCGCCUGACCACGGCCUCGCACUUGCUGCCCGGCAGAGUGGCGCCCGCUGCCGCGGCCGCCGCCGCAGCCGCCGCGGCCGCCGCCGCCACCGCCCGUGACGCGCUGUCCACCUCGGCCGGCAAGGAGGACGAGGUGACGAGCUCCGAGGAGGCCGCGGCCAUCGAGCGCGCGCCCUCCAAGAAAGACGAGCAGGCCUCGAGCCGGCUGCUGACGCCCCUGAUCUGCAGCUCCCUGGGCGACGCGCCGAGCGCCAGCUUCUCGCUGCUGCCCGCGGAGAACGUGUACGAGUUCGCGGCCAAGCUGCUGUUCCUGGCGGUCAAGUGGCCCCGCAGCAUCUCCUCCUUCCUCCAGCUGUCGUAUCGCGACCAGGCCAUACUGCUGGAGGAGUCCUGGUGCGAGCUGUUCGUGCUGACGGCCGCCCAGUGGAACUUCCCCGUGGAGGAGUCGCAGCUGCUGCCGCACGCCGUAUCGCCCGACAAGCGCCAGAUCCUCAGCGACGAGGCCAGACGACUGCGCGAGCUGCUGGCCAGGUGCGCCAUUUUGCGCAUCGACCACUCCGAGUACGCUUGCCUCAAGGCCAUCGUGCUCUUCAAAGGAGAGUGCCGAGGGCUGUGCGAGCCGGCGCGAGUGACGGCGCUGCAGGAGCAGACGGUGUCGGUGCUGUCGGAUCGGGGUGCCGGUCGCAUAGGUCACCUGCUGCUGCUGUUACCACCGGCGCGCGCUCUCUGCCGCAGGACUCUGCACGAGCUGCUGUUCAAGCCGACCGUCGGGGACGUGGCCGUGGAAAGGCUGCUCGACGACAUGAUCAAUGCCAUCAGGCCUCAUUGACUAGCAGCCCCGUGCCCGCGCGUCACCUACUACCCGGCCUAAUUCCUCUUUGCUCUUUCUUUGUACGCACGCUCUCCGAGCGUCAAUGGGCCAGCCGCCAAGUUUGAAAUGCAAACUAGGAAGAGAGAUAGAGAGGGAGGCGGUUGGAAGCGCACAACUGACAAAGUACGCGCCUUGUAAAUAUUGACGUCUCUGAUGUGGUGCAGCUGUGGAUUGCCAAUAGACGCCGUCUAUGAACCAAUUGUUUUCUGCGAAUAUUGCUGUGAUUUUUCUUGUACAGUGGUCUUAGUUUGUA